AUGUCUACUGGUUAUAUACUACUGACAGAUGAUGCAUACGGUCAAGAUUUGUAUAUGUUAAAUAGAUGUUUAGAUGAUAUUGAAUGGUUUGAAAAGAAUUUUAGAAAAAGUUUUAGAUCUUCACCAGACGAACUUGACAAUAAACAGACUAUAAAUGUAAAACAAAAUAAUGAUGAACCGCCAGAUUCUACUGUAGCAAUCGAUUCUUUACAAAAAGUUAAAUAUGCAUUAAAUAUUAUUGAAAAAAUUCGUAAAUCAGUACCAUAUAUAUCAAAAGAAAUUUUUGUUUAUUUAAUAAGAAUUGUUCGUAAAGUUCAUACAGUUGCAAAAUCAAAACAAAUUACUAAUUACAAUCCUAAUAUUGUAGUUGAUGUAAUUGAACCAUUAUUGAAUGAAAAUACUAUUACGUCAAUAUUUAAAUUAUUAUCAGUUAAAACAAAAGAAUUAUGGUUAGAUCUUGGACCUGCAUGGAAUACACCAAGCUCAAAGUGGCCCAAUCCAUUGAACAUUUAUAUGCCAAUAUUUUAUCAUCCAUUGAAAAAAAGAUCUAGGCAUAGAUCAAAUGAAGUGAUUAGUCGAAAUCCAGUAGUAGUCAUAACUACCAUAAUGAGAAUUAGUGACAGAGAGUGAUCUAUGAGGAACGGAUAGAAAAAUCGAUUCUUCUAACAUUUCAAGAUCUUGCAUAGAUCAAUCAAUCUAUAGUAGAUAAAUAAAUUUUUCAAGUUAAAACAAGUUUUAUCAUCAUAAAAGUUGGAUAAAUUAAAUUAUAUAUCCAAACAUGUCUAGACAU